AUGGCUGAUUCAUGCAAAUCUGUUCCGUUAAAUGUCUGUAAAUCGCAUUCACGGGAAAAUAUUUAUGAGAACGUUCUUUGCGCUUGGUGCCACGAGUAUGGUCAUUUGUUUGGUUUUACUUGUAAAAAGUUCGUUGCAGCCUACAUGAUAUACUCACCAAAAACAGAUGUGUUUGAAAAAACAGGUAAUUAUAAUGAUCCCGUAGUCAUAGAUAAGACACCCAGACCAAUUAGAUCUAGAACACCACCACAUGGAUAUUCUCCAAGUGAUUAUGAUUAA